CGUUGAAUUCAAUCGCUCGUCAACCUUCGUUCGGCGCGUUACAACAAGCGUAACAAGCAGCAGCAGCAGCAUUCGGUCGCCGUCGCAGUCGCAGCAGCAGCAGCUAGAAACGUCAGCGUCAGCGUUGGCGUUUUGUUGCAACAAUACGAAUUUGUCGGUCGCGCGUCUUCUGUGGUGGUUGCAACCAGUCUCAACGCCAGUUCAGUCUCAUCCCAGCGCUCGUGACGGCAACAACAACGUCCCAGUAUAACGCUUAACGGUAUCUCGUCGGUUUCGGUUUACAUGACGCUGAAAUUCGCGUGCGUGCAUUACAGUUAGCAUAACUGUUUGGCAAACAAAUAAAAAAAAAAGUAUCUCAAAGUUAAGUUGCAACAAAAUGCGGCAACUUGGCAACUGCCGCAAGGCGAACCCGAAAUACGUUAAGUGAACGCGUUUAAACAACAAAAUAAAGUGCUAAACAUAUCAAAACAGCCCACAAGCUAUCAAAACCAAGUUUAGUGACAACUGAAAAAAAAAAAUAAAUGAAUACAAAAAAGCAACAACUGCAUUUAAUUUGCAUUUAAAAUACAAAAAUUCUUUUGAGAUUUUCAAAGUGUGUGUUUCAACUAUAAAAAAAUAAAAACAUAUAUACCAUGCUAUGUAUGUCAGCUAAGGAUAUAAAUAUAUAAAAAUUUUGUAUUGAAAAUUGCAGCUAAUUUUCAAACUAGAUCUCACGGCAACUUAAGAGUUUCUCUCAAGAGUUUCUCACAUGGCGAACGGCAAAGCGCACAACAAAAUGAUGCACAGACUACAAACGACAACAACAGCAACAACAACAAGCAAAUCAAGCCACAACAUGAUGCUCUCCCGCCAGUGCCUUUCCAGCUGCAACUGCAACCCGCGCCUCACUCCCCCCACAUUUAUUCAGAGUCGAACUCGUCGACAGUGGAACCUUAGCCUCUUGGCAUUGAUCAUUGCCAGCGGCGCUCUAAUGCUCAAUGCGCCAACAAUUGCGGCUUUCGAUAUUGCUACAUGCAACAUGCCGCUGGGCAUGGAAUCGGGCGCAAUAACAGAUGCUCAAAUUACAGCUAGCUCAGCUCAUGAUACGGGCUUCGUUGGUCCACAGCAUGCAAGACUGAAAACCGAUAAUAAUGGCGGAGCCUGGUGUCCCAAGCAUAUGGUAUCGAAUGCUCUAAAGGAAUAUCUACAGGUGGAUUUGCUGCAGACGCAUGUGAUAACCGCUAUUCGCACGCAGGGACGCUUCGGCAAGGGUCAGGGCCAGGAAUAUACCGAGGCAUAUGUGCUGGAAUAUUGGCGUCCAGGCUUUGACAAAUGGCAGCGCUGGAAGAACACGCAGGGCAAAGAGAUACUCUCGGGCAACAUCAACACUUACAGCGAGGUAGAGAAUGCGCUGCAGCCGAUUAUAUUUGCCUCAAAGAUACGCAUAUAUCCAUAUGGCAUAUACGAUCGCACUGUCUGUCUGCGCGCCGAGAUCGUUGGCUGCCCCUGGGAAGAAGGCAUCGUAUCCUAUAGCAUACCCAAAGGCGUGCAACGUGGCAUGGAAGUUGAUCUAUCGGAUAAGACCUACGAUGGCAAUGAGGAGGGCGAUCGCUAUGUCGACGGUUUGGGUCAACUCGUUGAUGGCCAAAAGGGCAAAGACAAUUUCCGCACCGAUAUUCAUGGUUUUGGCAAAGGCUAUGAAUGGAUUGGCUGGCGCAAUGAUACGCCUGGUCUAUUGGGUAAACCCGUUGAAAUUGUUUUUAAAUUCGAUACGGUGCGCAAUUUCAGCGCCAUUGUGCUACACACCAACAAUAUGUUCACCAAGGAUGUGCAGGUCUUUGUGCAUGCCAAAGUGUUCUUCAGCAUUGGCGGACGUUACUUCUCUGGCGAACCAGUGCAGUUUAGUUAUAUGCCCGAUACUAUAAUGGAUCAUGCACGUGAUGUGACCAUUAAGCUGCAUCAUCGUGUGGGCAAAUAUCUGAAAAUCAAUUUGUACUUUGCCGUCAAAUGGAUAAUGCUAUCCGAGAUCAGCUUUAUAUCUGUGCCUGCGGUAGGAAAUUUCACCGAUGAGCUGGAGCAGCGCAGCAAUGGGCCAAGUCAAGCGCAGGAUACACGCGAAUAUCCUUUGCAGAGCAACGACUAUCAGCACAAUCAUAACAAAAACAAAAUGUCCAACUCGGUUGUCGGCGGAGGUGGCAACAAUGCUGGCGCCAGCGAUGCCAGCAGCCAACACAACAACAACAACAACUAUAACAAUGGACCGCAACUAAUUGCGCCACGCCCCAUUGAUCAGGAGCCGAACGAGGCGAACUUCAUUGGCGUUGUCAUUGUUGUUCUAACAACGAUAAUUAUACUGCUGGUUGCCAUUAUCCUGUUCAUCGUAUCGAGGACUAAACGCGCAAGGGGCAGCAAUGUCCUCGACGCAUUCCAAUACAGCUUCAAUCCCAACACGUUGGGCGGCAAUGUGGACAAGCAUCGACCCAAUGGCAAUAGCAUUAAGGCAAGCGUCGACGACAGCGACUCGAUUGGCAAGAACAGUCUUUACCACGAGCCCUUCAAUGUGAACAUGUAUACGAGCGGCGUUGUGAACGGCUACGCAGCGGUAAAUGAUUUACAAUGUAAUAUGACGCCAGACUAUACAGAUGUGCCCGAGGGCGGCUAUGCAGUGCCGCAUAUGCAGGACUAUAUGCCUUCGACUAAAAUGGCCAAUGCCGCCGGCGGUUAUGUGAAUGUGCGACGCACGCCGCCGCCACCGCUGAGCAGCAUAUUCCCUCGACCGCCCACUGUGCCGCCACCGCCCAUGGAGAAAUACUAUGCCACCACAGCCAUAUUUAAGCCCAUCAAGGGCGGCGGCGGCGGCGGCGGCUCAAACAGCUCGAAUACCAACACUUGCAGCAGCGGCGGCGGCAAGAGCAGCCACAGCAGCGUAGCGCAGGAUCAGCUGAAUGGCAUUUAUGAUGACGGCAUGGGCACCAUGAAUUCCCAAUCUACAGCGCCCAUGAUCAAUCCUUACAGCAGCGGCAACAGCGCAGCCGCCGCUGAAUUCCAACGCGCGCGCACCUACAAUUUCCGCAGCUAUCCAGAUAAUCUCUAGUUCGAAGCCUCACUCAAGUUGGUUGCAGCCGCAGCGGAGCAAGCAACGGCCGCUGAGCAGGGCGUGGCUAAGCGCACUAAUCUCGCUACCAUGCCCAAGAAGCCGCAACAUCUGAGCAUUGCCAGCAGCAGCUCCAACACGCUCGCCAGCAAGCCCAAAUAUAGCCUGACGCUGCACAACAAGCAACAUGCCACAAACAGUGGCAAGCAUCAUCCCUCAACGUUGCGCGACAAUCAUCAGCAGCGUCAGCAUCUCAAAGCGCUGCGACUUACACGCGACGGCGGCCCGGCGGACUACAAGCGACCCACUGCUGUCUCCCCAGCCGGCGCUUCAGAGGAUGUGGGCGUGCAUUUGAGUCGCAGCUUAAAGCUGGCAACCAACGCAGCUGCUGCUGCUGCUGCUGCAACCAACUGUGAAGCUUCUACGAACUCAACUAAAUUGACUGCGAAUCUCAACGGAAAUGGAAAUGCAACAACAACAACCGCAACAUUAACAACAAAAGCAAUCGACAAUUCCAAUCCGUUGACGAACAGUGUGAUGAGAACACAAAACAAUAGGCUGUGGUAUCAUUGAUGAAAACCCCAAAUUGAAUGGAUUUGAGCGCUGAAACUCUACACGGAUAUACAAUUUGAAUAAAAAUAUAAAAAAUACACAAACAAAAUAAAGCUAAUUACACUUAUAUAGUGUGUAGUACCCGCCACUCCCCUUUAAAGCGGAGAGCACCACGCGUCGAACAAUUGAACCCACUGAUCAAAUGGAAAAAAGUUUAAAAUUAGCAGCGCAAAGUAAAGGCGAAUUAACUAGCCAACGACAACGCUACAAACUUGCAUACAAACUGUAAAUAUAUAUAUCUAGUAUAUCAUGGCAAAAAUAAAAAACAAAAAAACGGUAGUGAAAAAUGCAUAUGUUAGUAAAAACGAGCUGAAUUUUUAAAGAAAAAUAUCUGCGAAAAUGAAAAUGGGCACUAGUUUCUCAUAGAUCAAAUGCAAUCGAACAGAAUAUAAUAAAAAAAAUAAAAUAUAUACAACUAAAUAUAUAAUUAAAAACAAAAACGAAUUUAAGGUUUAGCAUUUAGCGACACUUAUUGUUUAUAAAACGAAGCGAAACGAAACACACACGAUAUAACUAGCAUAUAUAUAUAUAUAUCAUAUACACAUAUAUAAUAAAAAGUUCAACUGAUUUUUAGUACCUUUCUGAACACUGCAAAAAAACAAACUAAACUGUAUAUGCCUGUAAAAUCCCACACUAUAUGCCUACGCCCCCCUACCCCCCACUGUAAAUUUCUGUGUAUAAAACUUAGAGAGGUAUCCGUGAGAUACUCGUACUUCGUACAUAGAAUUGUUUGCUUUAUAACGAGCAGAUGGUAAUGCCGCGUCAAAAAUUAUGUAAAGAGACGUCGAUGAUGAUGAUGAUAAGUAGAAGAAGAAAAAUUGUAAUGGAAUUUAACGGACCAAGAAGAGCGUGCAGAGCGUCGUCGCCGAGAACCCAAUUUAAUGGAAUGGAAGUGUUUUCAUCAAUGAUUUGUGAUUAAUUAUUCAACAUAUAAUAAUUCAGUUCUUAAUGCUAUACUUAAUUUAUUGCAAAUUGUAAUGCCCCAACACAAAAACUGACUCUGACUAUAAA